UAUCAAAAAAAAAAAAAAAGUGUGAAAUACAGAGUAACUGAGAUCUUCUUCAACCUAUCUUCUUCAACCUAAUUUCAGUUUUCUGGCGGAAAAACUUUGAUACAAUCAGCAAGUUUGCUUGGGAAACGUGAAUAUUAGAUUGAAAUCUCGUUUCCCAUUCGUUUCAAACACGUCUCCAUUUUUCUGAAACGGUUUCGGCGCGCGUUUCCCGGUUUCCCCGUUCCAGGACGUUUCGGAAACGGCACAAUGGAGAUAGAUGAAGAAACUCCUUCUGCUUCAGCUGCUGAACCAACUCCUCCGGGGGCUGAUGCUGACAUGAUGGCUACUUCAGUUCCAGCUACUGCAAUCACUGGUCCUGGGAGCCAGUCACUAUCUACUAUCCCCACAUCUGUUGUUCUCCCACCUGCAGGUGUCCCUCCGUCAGUUCCUCCUACAGUUAUCCCUUUGUCAGCUCCACCUCCGGUGCUUGUCCCACCAAUGGCUCCUUUACCUGCUGUACCUCCUGCAAUGCCUAGACCAUUAGCUCCUCUACCUGUCCGCCCCCCUGUUACGCAAAAUGGUGAGGUAAAGGCAAGUGACACAGACUCUGAUGAUGAUGAUCAAGAUUCUGAUAUGGGUGUGGAGGGUUCCUCUGCUGGUUAUGAAAUCACAGAGGAAAGUCGCCAGGUAAGGGAACGGCAGGAGAAAGCUAUGCGUGAGUUCAUGAUGAAACGGCGUGCUGCUGCUCUAGCUGUUCCCACAAACGAUAUGUCUGUGCGGACUCGGCUUCGGCGGCUUGGUGAACCUAUUACUCUCUUUGGAGAGAGAGAGAUGGAAAGACGGGACCGGCUCCGGAUGCUUAUGGCUAAGCUUGAUGCUGAGGGGCAAUUGGAAAAGCUGAUGAAAGCCCAUGAGGAAGAGGAGGAAGCAGCUUCAGCUAAGGAUGAGGUUGAAGAAGAAAUGCUUCAGUAUCCAUUUUAUACGGAAGGGACCCAAGAAUUACUGGAUGCUCGUAAGUUUUUAGUUAAGUUCUCUAUUGUCAGAGCAUCUCAGCGUCUGCAGCGUGCAAGGAGAAAAAGGGAUGAUCCAGAUGAAGAUGAGGAUGCUGAAAUCGAUUGGGCUCUUAGACAGGCAGGAACUUUUGUUCUUGAUUCCAGUGAGAUUGGUGAUGACCGCCCACUUUGUGGAUGUUCAUUUUCAAAAGAUGGGAAUUCACUUGCUACCUGCUCUGUUAGCGGGGUUGCCAAGAUAUGGAGUAUGCCUGAGGUGAAGAAGGUCUCUGCCUUGAAGGGACACACUGUGCAUGCUACUGAUGUUGCAUUUUCUCCUGUAAGUGACAAUGUAGCAACUGCCUCAGCUGAUCGUACUGCAAAGUUGUGGAACACAGAUGGCACUUUAUUGAGAACAUUUGAAGGUCAUUUAGACCGCCUAGCUCGUAUUGCCUUCCAUCCAUCUGGGAAGUACUUGGGCACUACAAGUUUUGACAAAACUUGGCGUUUGUGGGAUAUCGAAAGUGGUGCUGAGUUGCUUCUUCAAGAAGGCCAUAGCAGGAGUGUUUAUGCCAUAUCUUUCCAUCCGGAUGGAUCAUUGGUAGCAUCAUGUGGACUGGAUUCUCUUACACGUGUCUGGGAUCUUCGAACAGGGAGAAGUAUUCUUGCUUUGGAAGGCCACAUCAAACCUGUUUAUGGAGUUGAUUUCUCUCCUAAUGGCUAUCAUUUGGCCACUGGUUCUGAGGAUAACACUUGUCGGAUUUGGGACUUGAGAAAGAAAAAGUCAUUGUACAUAAUUCCUGCCCAUUCAAAGCUUAUUUCACAGGUCAAAUUUGAGCCUCAGGAGGGAUAUUAUUUGGUCACUGCUUCAUAUGAUACAACUGUUAAGGUAUGGUCAUCUCGAGACUUCAAGCUUAUCAGGACAUUGUCAGGACAUGAAGCAAGAGUUACAUCCUUAGAUGUCACAGGAGGUGAGAUACAGGGGUGUAGGUGGUUUGUGUGUGGCUUGAGGGUGGUUUGUGUGUGGCUUGAGGGUGGUUUUGUGGUAGUUUCGAGUGGUUUAUGCCUUUAUGGUGAUUUUGAGUGGUUUCGGGAUGGUUUCAUGGUGGUAGGGGCAGUUUACGGUGUUGGGAGGGUGGUUUCGGGGGUAUAGCUGGUGGUCUGGGAGGUGGACAAUGGUGGGUGGUGGGUCGAUGGUGGUAAGGUGGUUCCAGGUGGGUGUUGCUGCGGUGGAUACACGGUGAGUGGGUUGACUGGUGAGGGUGUUGCAGGUGGUGGAUGGUGUUCCAUGGUUGGUCCAGGGUGUUGCAGGUGGUGGAUGGUGUUCCAUGGUUGGUCCAGGGUGUUGCAGGUGGUGGAUGGUGUUCCAUGGUUGGUCCAGGGUGUUGAAGGAAAGGGAAUGGAAAAACCUGGGGGGUAGGGUAUCAAUGUAGAGGCCUUUAGGGGUAAGUGAAAAAGAAAAAGAGGUAAAGGACUAAAAGGGAAUGACAAACAAUAACAAAGGGAAUCAUCCAAGUUGAUUCUCUUACCCAUACAUGAAUACCAAACGACCCCUAACCCCUAACUGUGUUGAUCAUGGAAUGGUUUGAAGAUCAUAAGCAGUUUUAUAUGUACGCACCUAUGAUUCUAUGAGUGUCUGAGUUUGGUGAUCGUACCAGUAGGUCUCAGAAUCAAAAGUGUUAAAUUAAACCUCAUGAAUGAUUAAGCUGAUUCUGAACACGUAGAGACCUUAUUAACUUAGGACAGUAAUAUUUCUGAUAUAACUGGUUUUUGUGUUGAUCUUCUCUUCUAAACUUGAUAUAGUUGAAUAAUAUGUCUAAGCUAUGCUGUGAUAAUCAGCUUAUACGUGUUGUCUUAAUUUGGAACCUUUUUAACGACUAGCUGAGUUAUACUAGUACUCGGGCACUAUCACAUUGAAUAAUGAUUAAGAAGUGGGAUCGUUUUAUCCCAUAAUGCAGUUAAUCUUGCUUAUUUAUGUAUUUUAGUAGAAUUUGGUAUUUCAAGUACGUGUUGUUUCUUAGAGGAUAUAUGUUUUGCUUGCACUUUAUAUCUUGAUUUGCUUGGCAGAUGGGCAGUGCAUCGCUACAGUUGGGCACGAUCGGACGAUCAAGCUCUGGUCGAGCAGUGUCCCUUCUGAAGAGAAGUCGAUGGACUUGGACUGAGGCAAUUUUGUACUGUUCUAACUGACCUGAUAACUGACAGUGGGUUGUAACCGUUGUAUUGGGUGAUUGUCUUUAGCUGUUUUUAUGAAAUGUUAAAUCAGUUAUCUAUUAGCGAUUAGUUUUACAGUAGGUAAUGAAAUUACAUGUAAGGAUAUGAGUAUAAUUUCACUGGUUAUUUAGUA